AUGACGGCUCUCUCGCCUUUCCGGUACUUCGCCGUGGCGAGAUACCUCGUCCAUAGAUGGGUAGAUUCCAUACCAUCCAUCAAGGGUAAGGGAAAGGCGAAAGCCCUCCAGCAUUACAGACAAACCCUAAAUCAACACAAUCAUUUAUUACGUUCAACAUCCCUCGAAUCCCAUCCUUCGUCUUCUUCUUCGCACGGCGAUAUACCUCUAGCUGGACCAUCACGUCUAUCCCAUCACCAUAAUCAACAUCAUGGUCAUGGCUCUGACCCUAGAGGAAAUGGGAAAAGACCAGAAGUAAAGUUCCCUAAAUUAGCGCCGGAUCCCAAAUGGCCUCCAGGACCAAAGGAGAUAUUUAGGUUGAUGAAUGACGAGAGGUUGAUGGUGGGAGGAAGAAUCAAACCGCCUAGGGAGACGGUCGUGUUAUGUCAUGGUCUGUAUGGCUUUUCGACAGCUACACCGAUACCCCUUUUCCCCUCGCUGAAAUUACAUUAUUGGGCGAACGUGCUUGACGUUUUGCGGAAUAAGAUAGGUGCAAAUGUAGUAGUAGUCGGCGUGAAAGGAACCGGUUCAAUACAGGAACGUGCUGAGCAGAUGCACCAAUUCCUUAAGGACACCUUGCCUAAAGGUACCGGUGUCAACUUCGUCGCUCACUCGAUGGGAGGACUUGAUUGUCGAUAUCUGAUAUCCACCAUUAAACCGACAUCCUAUACACCGCUUUCACUCACCACCAUCGGAACUCCUCAUCGUGGAUCACCAUUCAUGGAUUGGUGUGCCGCCAACAUAGGUGUAGGGUCCGUCGCAGCUGUCGCAACAGCCGCUUUAGCCAGUGGAAAAACUAAAGCCCUCUUACCUUAUUCCAUGAAGUCACCUUUGUUAUCGCGUCCACCGACCAAACAAGAAACGAAAGAAGCGGCCGAAUCUUCCUUCGGUAGUAGUUUCGCAUCUGGGUUGACCUCUUACCUCUUGUCGAUAUUCGAUUCUCCAGCAUAUUCUAACCUUACUACUUCAUAUCUUCGAGAUCACUUCAAUCCUUCAACACCAGAUUCACCUAGUGUAAAGUACACCUCGGUCGCAGGGAGGAUAUCGAAGAUGUCAGUCUUGCACCCAUUAUGGUUCCCGAAAUUAGUUCUUGAUGCAGCAGCAGAGAAUGGAUACGCGGAAGAUCACUCUAAUAUCGUCCAUGGCCCCAACGGAAAAAGGGUGUACGAAGGAAAUGAUGGAUUGGUCAGUGUCAGCUCGGCCAAAUGGGGUGAAUAUCUAGGUGCUGUCGACGAAUGUCAUCAUUGGGAUCUAAGAGGUGAAGGUGGAUUGUUCCCUCAAGGUUUAGGUAAUUCAGAUGAGAAAUCGCAAAAACAGAAGAAAGAACAAGAACAAGCAGAGCAGGAUGCCUUGUCGGCUGAAUUGGAGAAUGAGUGGAAAUCUAGUAGUGGCGAGAAUGGUCCGAAACAUGGUGUAAAUCAACAUCUCGGCUUGUCUAUCGGACUCACGACGAACCCGUUAAAGAACCCCGGUGCAGCCGUUGAAGAAGCCUUAAAUAAGUUUGAAUUGAAAAAAUCGAUGAAGGAUGAUGGUAAAGCUGGAUCAUCUCCUACGGGAAGUUCUUCAAAUUCAUGGGAUAUAGCUCAAGUUGGACAAAUUAUCGAUUGGGUAACUGAUUAUUUACCUGGAGAUGGGCAGAAUAAGGAUAGUGAGAUCAGUAAACAACAAUUGAAAGAUGCCACGUUGGAGAAACAAUCGGAAAACAAGGAGAAGGAAAAGAGGAAGAAGGAGAAAUUCGAUUUGGGGAGGUUUUAUGGUGGGUUGAUGAUCAAGUUGAGAGAAGAUGGGUUUUAG